AAGGUGACUUCUCCCUUUAAGUAUAUGCAAGCCCCACCUUUCCCUUCAACUUCCCCUGCAAGCUGCCUUCACCUAUAAGUAUAAUGCAAACCCCACUUUUCCCUUCACUUCCUCUCUCUCUGCUGCAAUUGAUUCUUGUUUCACUUUUUUGCUUAACCAGCUAAAUGAAGAUGGAUGCUGACAUGAUGUUGAAUGAAAAGCUAAAGAAGAUAGAUGAUGUAAUUACGAAGAAGAAGAUGAUUAUGGACGGACACCCUGUGAUUCCAUUUACACCUGCGGAAAAAAUGAUUGCUUAUGAGUGUGUAUACACUUUGUGCACAAGGAAGCGUAGGGACUCUUGCAGCCUGGUUUAUGAGAAGUAUACGAACUGUUUAAGUGAGAGAAUUCAAGAAAGGGUACUUCCAGUGUUAAUGGACAAACAUGGUACAGAACUUUUAACAGAAAUCACGCGAUUAUGGCUGGAGUAUAAGGAAUUUGCAAGCUUUUUGUCAAAAACCUUUGCAGACCUGGAUUAUUUCUACAUUCGUAGGAAAAGACAUCCAUCACUUGCUGACUUCAUGAGAUAUUACUUCUGCAAUUUGGUCUGUGAUGAGCUAUUCAGUAAAUUGCAGGAAGCAAUGAUGAGGCUGAUCAUUCAAGAGCGUGAAGGGGGGCAGAUUGAUCGGAACCUACUAAAGAAGGUACUUGAUUUCUUUUUAGGGGCUGGAGGGAAUGGAACCACCGACUAUUAUGAAAAACUUGAGCAGAUAAUGCUAGCAGAAGCUGCUGCUUACUACUCUCAGCUAUCUUUGGAGUGGUGGUUUUGGGGUGAUUCCUUUUCCAAUUACCUGCGGAAGGUUGAUCGGUGCUUGAACCAGGAGGAAGCCAGAGCAGAGUUCUACCUAUCCCAGACCACCAAAACAAAAUUACUGGAUGUAAUGAAAUAUGUUUUGCUGGAAAGAAAUGCAAAGAAGUGGGCUCAGAAGCAAAACGCCGAGGGGAUGGAAGCUGAAGAUCAGGAGCUGUUAUCCAAAUAUGCUAGCUUGAAGCUUGAAUAGUAGGAUAGCUCUGCUGCCAUUGUUGCCAGCAUCGCAUGAGUGAUGUCUGCGCCUUGGAGCUUUACAAAGGAAGCCGAAAUCCACAGCUAGUGGCAUUUCAGGGUGGUGUAUAUAGGACUAUGAAAUCCUUUAAACUAGUAUACUAUCGUUUUAUUAAAAUAUUCAGCAUGAAUUGCAUAUGAUCUGUAAUCCAACUCUCCUAAGUUCGACAGUGAAGUUAGUUAAAUGGUUUAACUUAUCUAUUUAUAAUAUUUGAAUUUAUACUUCA